AUGUACGGUGCACCUGAUAAAGAUAUUAAACACUUAGUUUCCGGUAAACUUCGUAUAAUCCUUUCAAGACCUUUAAAAAUAAAAUUUAUAUCCAUUAAAUUAAAAGGAAGAUCUGAAUAUUCAGAUUGGGAAGAACAAUAUUCUUGUUUAGAAGUAAUUAAACUUGAAAAAAUUCUUUAUGAAAAAAAUACUUUACCUAUAGGUGUUACCGAUAUUGAAUAUGAACUUGUGGUUCCCGGUAAUUUACCACAAACUUUUAGAACAAAUUUUGGUUUCAUUUUUUAUAAAUUGGUUGCCGUGGUUCAACCUGCUUCAUUAAUGUCAAAAUACGCUAGAGUUGAGAAAGGAAUUAGUUUUUUAAGGCAUUAUUUACCUUGUAGGAGAGAACUUUUACCUGCUCCACCUACUAAAAUUUAUAAAGGACAAAGAAAAGAUAAUUUGGAUUUUGAGUUGGAACUUCCUACAGUCAUUUGCGUUAAUGAAAGAAGUUUAUUAAUCAGAUUAAGAUUAUUACCACAUAACGAUAAAGGCC